AUGUCCUACCUCCGAGACCUUCGAACCGGGAACGAGGUCUACCUCAUAGGGACCGCGCACGUCUCGAAGAAGUCCGCCGAGGAAGUCAGGGACGUGAUACAGGCGGUCAGGCCAGACACCGUGUUCGUGGAGCUGUGCGAGAAGCGAGCGGCGUCGAUCCGCCGGUCGAUGCUUCAAGAUGACGGCGCGAGCGCUCCCGGCGGCGGCGUGGAGGAUAAAGUGAAAGAGUUCCUUCGCGUGUUAGGGUGCGUCCUCGGCGCGGGUUUGAAAUCUAUUUACCAGGCGUUCAGGACGUACGGCCUCGACCCUGGGUUAGAGUUCAAGGUCGCGAUCGAGGAAGCGGAGAAGAUCGGCGCGAAGCUCGUGAUGGGAGACAGGGAUCAGGAAGUCACCAUCCGCCGCCUGCGGGAGGCCUUGACGAUGUCUGACUUCCUCCGCGCGAUGUUUUCGGGCGGCACCAUCCCGACGGACCACAUGCCGCCCGACCUCGCGGAGCGGUUCAGUAAGAUUGACUGGAACGACCCUCAGGCUGCGGUGGAGAUGAUGAAAACGCGGCGAGCGGUCGCGGAAGUCACGCGGCAUUUGCGAACGGACUUUCCGAAAGUCGCCGUGGCGAUGGUGGACGAACGAGACGAGAUGAUGACGAACGGGCUGCUUCAUAAGUGCCCCGGUCGGACGGUCGCGGUCGUUGGGAUGGCGCACAUGGACGGGAUCGAGGCGCGGUGGAGAGCGGCGCAGGGAGGGGAAGGGGGAGUGACGCAGUUGUCUCAGUGA